UUUGUCCGUCGGCUGUCACGUGAGAUUCUCCAGGCUGCGGGAGAGAUAGCUGAGCGCGAGCCAGGCGGUGGACAAGUGACAGGCGGAGUGCACGCGCCAUCAGGUGACACCUGCACCCCACCAACAGCCCAGCACAGACCGGAGCCUCCGCCAUGAAGGGACAGAUCGCCUUCCUGCUGCUUGUCAUCGGCAUAACCGCUGUCCUGUCUGCGGAAAGCUGCGAAAACUUUAAGUCUUGUGAUUUGUGCCUCAACAAUACAGACAGCCUGAACUGUUCCUGGGUUAACUGUACUGCCGGUGUGCCUCAGUGUGUAAACAGUUCCAAUUCAGAAAACUGCACAGUACUGCUUUGUCAAGAGUCCACAACAGUCGUUAGUCCAACCACUGCAAAUGGCACAGUAACCUCUCCUGUACCGACUCAUUCAACCACUAAUGCAACAACAAAUACAACCGCUAGCUCUACCACUGUGCCUGUAAAACCAACUGCAAACUCCACAACAACCGCAUCACCGGUAACCUCUAUAUCACCUACAACACCUUCUAAAAGAGGCACAUUUGAUGCUGCUAGCUUCAUUGGAGGAAUAGUUCUUGUCCUGGGUAUACAAGCAGUGAUAUUUUUCUUGUACAAGUUCUGCAAAGCCAAAGAUCGGAAUUAUCACACUCUAUAAGGCCGGCUCGUGUGUGACUGCUCACCAGUGUUGCUCAAACCAAAAUGAUUUACCUUGAAGACUUCCGAUGGUGGAAUGUACAAGAAAGAUUAUUUUUCUUCCCUGAACAAUGAGUCUAGAUAUUCGAGUCUGCAUACUCCAACAACAGCUAAUAUACAUUUUAUUUUGUGGUCCGUUUGCAUGCAUCUCCUGAAAUCUGUAUUGACUUUAUCUUCAGUUUUAUCAUUCAAGGUUUCUAAUAUGGUGAAGUAACAUUUUACAGAUUGAAUGUUUAACUCAAAAUGCAAAUACAUAUACAUGAAGAGGAUAAUGGCCUGGAGUAGAAUUUAUAAUAUGACUGACUGUUUUGUUUGUUAUCUUAGUCGGUAGGUACAAUGCAAGACCCAAAAGGCCACAUGAAAGAUUUUUUUUUUUCCUUUUCAUUUAUAUUCUCAAAAUGUUGUUUGAAUAGAUUUGUCUUAUGUAAAUUGGUCGGAAUCAGAUAUUUUCUAGGCAGAUUAUGUACAAUGAGGUUUUAGUCUUUGAAGUGCACCUUUAUUUCUAAAGACUAUGGGAAUUGGAGAAUUGUGCCUUACAGACAAAUUUAAAUGUCUUUUUGAUAUUGUAAAGGUUUCCAUACAGAGGACACAUUUCUUUGUUUUGUCCAAAAUUAUGGUUGCAUGAUUGUGCCAAACACGUAGAGAUAAAUAGUUUUUUGGUUUUUACAUUUUUGGGGGGGCUUUAUUUCUUACUGGUGCAGUUCAAAUGGUUCGGCUACAUGAGGUGAAUAGCACCAGUCUCAAAUUUGUCACUUAAAUUAAGCAGUUGAAUUUUGGGUAUCAUGUGGUGUCCUUGAAGAUCACUGUAUCAGAUAUGGAGUUGCCAAGACAUUUCAAAAAGCAUAUCAACUGCUAAUGGAAAUUGGGAACACAGCUGUCCAAUACAUGUGGUUAUAGAGACGUGAUAUUUCC